AUGAUGGUAACUUUUGGGGAGCCUGGCGUCUACAGUAGCUACAGUAACCCAUUGCCAAGUACCGAUACUUGGGAGGACUGUUUGGAAUAUUGUUUAGGAUUGAGCACUUGUGUGGCGGUAUACAACAAUAACUGUCAAAUGUUUGAAAUUGGUCAAAUCUCCACUGCAACCAGCACCUCCGAGACUAAAAUUGCCUUCAAAUUCCUGGCGGACAACGCAACUUGCCCAAUUCAGGAGCCAACUUCUUUACAGGGUCACUACUUUACAAAUACUACGUAUCAACCGUAUACGGUUAGCUACAGCGCCCCAACUUGGACAUUUGCCAACUCUACACAAUUGGAGUGUCCUACCAACUAUGCACUUUUUGUGAGAGAUUUGGGGCCGUGGUGUAUGAAGGUUAUUCAACACUAUGCCUGCUGUAACAAAACGAUUGCAGCCACAAUGUGCAACAGUUACGGUGCUCAGCUGAGCGGGCUCGACUCGACGGCGGAGUACGACUUUAUGCUUGCCGGAAGUUGGCCAAUUUUCAAAAACGUCACCACAAACAAGAUCGGUAGCACACAAUACUACGCGACAGGGGUAUGGGUAGAUGGAGCUCGGACUUUGGCUUGUAUGGGAAAUACCACGUAUCCUUGUAAUACUACACAGGCGUUUUCCUUCACGGACCCCACCUUAUCCUCCCCGCCUGGCGGAUACCUAUGGCUACCUGGCAGGCCUGACGGAGGGGAUGCCCCGGCUGAUGGUAUUGUGCUAAAUUUGUACACUACUGAACUUUAUGGAAUGGAAGAUACUCCAUCCAGUGAGCCAGUUAGCGGCGUAUAUUGUUGGAUGGGAUACUUAUGUGGUGCUGUUCCGACCUAA